AUGGCAACCACCUUGGGCUGCCGCCUUAGCGUUCUUGCCUCACCCGCUGCCUCUCGGUAUAACGAUGUGAACCUCCAAAGACGCAACAGGCCCAACAGGGUUGCAUGCAAAUCUAACUUGAAUACAUUCCCUAUAUUGUCCAGCAGCAGAAAUCUACAACAACCUAAUCACAAUCUGCAUGGCGGGACUUCUACAGGAUUGCCAAGCUUGCACCUGUCUGCUACAUCAUCCACAUUGUUGAGGGGAGAACGAGGCAGUCAGUCACACAAACUACCAGUGUUACUUGGACAACGCAAGUCUUCAACAUUGGCACAAGCAAAAAAGAAUAAUUCCAUCACUAUACCUUUUCCAAAAAUGGAAGAGAAGCCAGAUUGGUGGUGGAGAACUUUAGCAUGUCUCCCCUACUUGAUAGCUUUGCAGAUGUCUGAUACUGGGUUUCUCAUUAGACCCUUCACAGAACACUACGAAGUAUUUAGCGAUUUGGUUUAUUAUGUCCCAGGAGCAAUAACGAGGUUACCUGUCUGGUUCCCAGUGAUAUAUACCUUACCUACAUAUUAUGGAGUGGUGAAGAAGAAAGAGUGGUCUCACUUCUUUAGGUACCAUUUAAUGAUGGCGAUGUUGUUAGAAAUGAUAAUGCAAGUGGUAGAGCUUUCGAGCAAUUUUUUUCCGCUGAUACACUUCAAUGGGACGUUCAGCAUAGAAUACUGGGGAGCUAUCUCAUUCGCGUACAUCUUCAUCUUGUUGGAGUGCAUAAGGUGUGCUCUUGGUGGCAAGUAUGUCAAACUCCCAUUCUUCAGCACACCUGCGUUAGCGCAUACUCUUUUUGAAAUAGAAGGCUACUACAAACCUUUCUAG